AUGGCUGGGUGCAAACCCAUAUAUGUAGAGAGCAAGCACGAGCGGGUACCGGGGCGCCAACUACGGGAGCUUCUCGGCACGCUGAAUCGGGUGGCCUGCCUCGACUUUCCAGAGGAGCGUGUGCCGUGGUUUCAUGGACAGUACUACCGAACAAGGGCUCGUAGUGCAAUCAAGCGACUGCUCCCACUGCACAGCGAGGUACUGGACUGUCUCGUCAGUGUGCUUCAGGGAAGGCAGUUUGUGCACUGUCACGCCUUCACCCCCUACAACUACUACCUCCACUUUGAGUGCAUCCUCGACCCCUCCAGACGUCCUGUCGCAUUUGUGAAUGAGGGAAAGCCUUUGGGGGAUCAGCCCCUCUUAUCAAAGGACUUGGUCUCAUACUCCCUUCCAUCCGGGCACCAAAGGGUGGCUGUCAUUGUCCUCUGGGAGACAAACUUUUGUGAGAACUUCCCCCAAUUGACCGGCUACCAACUGCUGAAGAACAGGCACCUUGAAAUUCUGGGCUACAAGCUGGUAUUGGUGCCCUUCUUCGAGUGGAAUUCAAUGAAGCUGUCGGAGCGGAAAACCAAAGAAGAAUUCUUGCACGCCAAGAUCUUUGGUCCAAGCUAGUAUAGUUGUUAUAUUUAUUGAAAGAAAUAGUUGUAUAAAGAGUUUUACAAAUUGU